AUGCUGCUACCAAAGGGUUUUUUCAUUUUGGUCUUCGUUUUCCUCCCUUCCAAACCUCUAAGCUCUCUCCUUCUCAGCCGCCGAAACCAGAGGCUCUGUGUGCGCCAUCGCCAAACCGCUCUCAGCCAUCAUCUCUCUGAGCCAAACCUACCUUUCUCUCAUCCUUCCUCUCUCUCAUCCUCUCUGACAGAAGCUCUGUCUGCGCCAACAAUCCUCUCUGCGCAAAAUCCCUCUCAGGCAAUCCUCUCUGUCAUCCAGCGCCCUCUCAGCCUCCGCUUCUCUCAGAGCCGCCACCUCUCUCAGUCGCCACCACCUCUCUCAGUCGCCGCCAUCACAGAUUCAGCACAGCAGUUCGCAGCCAUCUCUUCAUUUUAUUUACCUCUCUUUCUCUCUGUCAGGAAAUUGAAUUGGCAGCAGUUGGUGCAGAUCAGAAAAAGAUUUCUGGAGCAUUUUGCAGCUUUUCUGCCACUCUCUGAGAUAUUAUGA